AUGGCAGAGAAGCGACCGUCGUCUCCCGACCCCUCGCUGGUGGACCUGCCCUCCCCUGACGAGCAGGGCUUUCAGAUGGUACAGAAGAAACGAAAGAAAGCUUUGAAGACCAUCAUCAACGUCCCUGGGCCUUCGACACCAUCUCAAACUUCGACCCCUGCAAACUCCUCCUCCACACUGCCCAAGUUCAAGGCAAUAGCAUCGCAAGGCCAAUCGUCAUAUGCAGCUGUUUUAGCAUUGGAGAAUAAACACCCCGAAGCAAAACUUCAUGCCAGACCUAAUCUGAAAGGGGAAUUUAUAAUUUCCCCUAAAGACCAGCAUUCAGCCGACCUCCUCAGCAACGACCCCUCCUGCCUUCUCCUAGAUCCUGCAGAUAAAAUCACAAAAGGGAUGAUUUGUAAAGUCCCGAGAUACAUUCCCAUCGAAAGAAUUCUCCAGCUACCAAAUAUCCUGAGUGCAUCAAGAUGCACAGUAAAGAAAGACGCAGCUACGACUGAGGAAACCCUGAAGGUGGAGGCAACAUUUAAGAAAUUCAAAUCAAAGGGCCACACUGUUGCCCGAUGCCCCAACUGUCACCAGUCGCACCAUGCAUGGUUCAGAGGAUGCCCUGUCAGACUGGAGAAGAUCUGGAGGAUAAAGGGCAUAACUCCACCACCUGCAAGACCUCAAGAUCGCCAGCCGCCCCCAAGACGACCUCCAAGCCAACCAAGGAUUGAUCCCAGGACCAACCUACCUCCUCCACCACAAACUCCUCAUCCUUCUAACCAAAAACCACGUCAUUAUAUCCCAAACCCCUCAUCCUUUCCUUCCCUCCAACCUCCAAUUCCCAAACCCCUUCCAACCCCCCCGACCCCUAAGGAUAUUCCCUCAACCCCUCAGUCAAUCCCCCCCACCCCUCAGGUUAUUCCCCCAGCCUUCGCAUCGCCGACGACGUCGACUCCUGCUCGUGUUGAAGCAGGAACUCAGGACAGAAACAACCACAACAACCAGUUGAAGAUAUGCAGGUCGAGACAAUCACAGAAGCUCCCGCUUUGUAUGCCGAAGCUUGGAACACACAGAGGAGUUCCCAGUUAA